AUGAACCUUUUCAACCCCCCUGCCGCGGCUCGAGCUGCCAAAACCCUCGACAGGGCCCUGUUCUCACGCACGCUGCCCACUGUUGCGGCGAGCGUGCGCGAGAACAAGCUCAUCUCCAAGUACAGGAAGGAGUUUGGGAAGACGAGGGAGGUGCUGAUGCUGGAGAAGUUUGACCCGAUUGCCGCGGAUCCGGACGAGGCGUUGGCGGGCCAGGGGAAGAAGUGUCUUAUUCUGAGGCCGGAUUUGAAAAUAUCAGUUGACAUUAUGAGGUCGAUAAUACCGGAGGAGCUUCAGGACGAGAUCCCCGCGAGUUUUAACACCGCAGGGCACGUGGCGCACCUGAAUUUGAGAGACCGAUAUCAGCCGUAUAAAUACGUCAUUGGCCAGGUCAUUCUCGACAAGAAUCCUGUUAUCCGGACAGUUAUCAACAAGACGGACGAUGUUGGCACCCAGAAUGAAUUCCGAACAUUCAGCUACGAGGUACUGGCUGGUCCCGAUGACAUGCUGGUGGAGGUUAGUGAGGCCGGAUGCGUCUUCAACUUUGACUACUCCAAGGUGUACUGGAACUCGAAGCUGAGUGGGGAACAUGAACGGAUCUGUGCCAUGUUCAAGCCUGGCGAGGUAGUUGCCGAUGUGAUGGCUGGGAUCGGACCUUUUGCCGCGCCCGCGGGGAAGAAGGGUGUUUUCGUCUGGGCAAAUGAUAAGAACCCGGAGAGUUACAAGUAUCUCACUGAAAUUGUCAAGAGGAACAAGGUGACCGAGUUUGUCAAACCCUUCAACGAAGACGGCCACGACUUCAUCAAACGAGCCGCAGACCUCGUGUUGGAAGCCUCUCAGCGCCGAGACUGCGCCGUCCUCAAACCCGUCAAGGUGUCUCGUAGCGUACCACCAGAGAAGCGGCCCGAGCCAGUUCGCGUUCCUGUGCCCCCUACCAUUUCCCACUAUGUCAUGAACUUGCCUGCUUCUGCUCUCGAGUUCCUACAUAACUUCAAAGGCUUGUACCACGGCCAUGAAAUGCUCUUCACGCCACACACGGACACAAAGUUGCCCUUGAUCCACGCGCAUUGCUUUGCCGUCAAGGCGGACGAUGCGACCCCUCUUGAUGAUAUAUGCCAACGCAUCUACAGCGAAAUUGGUGUCCAGCUGAAGCCGGGUAGCGCGGAAGUGGAAGGAGAAGUGGCUAUCCACGAGGUUCGGGAUGUCGCUCCCGCAAAGAGGAUGUUUUGCGCAAGUUUCCGUCUGCCUCCUGAGGUGGCUUUCUCCCCGCGGGCUUGA